UUAACAGAUAUUUCGAAGACGGGUCGUUCUUUUUAAAAUGGACGGCUUCGAUUGAAUACAACAGAUCUGCAUUCUACGCCGAAUGUUCAACAAACACAACAAUUAGAACACACAUGGCUUCUUUAAAUAUGACAGUCCUACCGAGCUAUCCAGUCCUCGGUCAAACGUAUCCUGACUUCAACACAACGAAAUGCAUUUAUGUUUAUGAAGGCUCCGACUUUUAUUGCAAAACCGAAAACGGAACUGAACCUGUUAAAGUGCUAGUUUUACUUGGAGAGGAUUCAUUUGUUCUUGCUGAAAGCAAAUGGAAGAAAGGGUUAUACCGAUUCCGUAACGUCCAUCAAGAAAUGGCUGGACUGUCAAGACAAAAUGUGACAUGUCAGGUUUCUAAUGCAGCGCUUGAAACACCAUAUGAAGUGCACGGCAUUUUAUGUAACGUGGAGAAAGGUAGCCCGCCUUUGCUUACAGUUCCUGAACUCCUUGAUGGAGAAAGCUCGAAAGCAAUCUGUGAAGUACGCAAUGCUAUCCCAGCUCCUUUAAUACAAAUACGCGUGGACAAAGUCUGGCUAGCUGAUGUUCAACGAACCGAUUCAUUUAAUGUAUCUUUCCAUACGUUUACUAGCAAAGCAACGGUGUCAAAGACUAAUAAGGAUUGGAAUGGAAAAGAAAUGUGCUGCGUUAGAAAAAGCAAAGAUGAUUUUGGUCUAAAUAAUGUUUCAUUAUGCAAAAGCAUCAGUAUCAGAUAUCCACCGUCGCAGCUUUCGAUGUUCGUAAACAAAAUACAUGAAUAUAGCAACAAUGUUUCUGUCUGUUUCUUAAAUAUAUCUUGUGAAACUGAUGAAUCCAAUCCGCCUUGCAUAAUCGAAUGUUCAAGUGGAACCGAUAGCUUGCGAAACGUUUAUAGAAACGAUUUGGCUGAUGGUGAAAAUUGGAGGAACCGUUCUUUUUCCAACGUGCUUUACAAUGUAACAAAAUACAUGGCUGGGGCUACUAUUACUUGUUCAACAAGAUGCGAUCACUUCCAAUCUCGUUUAAAUAAAACCUAUAACGUAUCGAUUUCUGAUAUUCCGACUCUGUAUUUGAACAUGACAUCGCCUGUUGUUUUACAUCCAAAUUUUAAAGUGACCGUCAAAUGUUUCGUUGAUGACCUGAAUAAUUCAGGGCAAUGGGAUCUUUGGUGGGAAGAUGAAAAUAGCACUGAAAUAAAGGCUUGUAUCAAAGCAGAGGAAUGCCUGUUAACAUUGAGUUAUACAGUAGAUGGUGAUAAGAGGUACAUUUGCAACACUCGGAAACCAAGGGAGCUUCUGAGAAAUUCCUUGACAGUUUCAAGCUCAAGGACAGAUGGCAGUGAAUCCGAUGUAAAUGACAAUCAGACAUUCCCUUCAACAUUCCGAUUUCCCGCCAACGAUGUGCUUAUUGGAGGAGGCGUUUUCUGUGGGAUCUGCAUUAUGUCUGUAAUCGGAAACACCACGUCGGACAAUGGAGUGCUACACAUAGCAACGGAAGGAGUCCAGUACGCAGUCGUGCAGAGGCAGGCGUCCACACAGAGAAUUGAAACGCAGCAAUCACAUGAUGUCGACAGCCUAACGUAUGCCGAGUUGGACAUCAAGUUCCUACAGGAAGCUAACGCCAGAGUUCCGCCAAGGAGAAAGAUUACGCCGACGGAAUAUGCUGACAUUGAAUUCUUCUUAACACAGGAAUCUGCUGUAGACGAUCCUGUGUACCACAAUGCAUCAGCGUCAGACCAAGACAUCUAA